AUGAUUAUCAUCACAUUUUCUUUUCUGGCUCUUUUUUAUUACUUAUCAAUAAUAAUCAUGGUUGAUUCUUCAUUUAUGUCGUCCAUAUUGUUAAAACAUUUGAGAACGCAUAAAACAAUUAAAUUUCAAUCUACAUUAAGUUCGCCAAUCGAAAAUAAUGUCAAUGAAGGUUCAACAUUUCAUUUAACAUGUUCGUUUUUAUCAAGUUUCGAUACUAUUGAUAUAUUUUGGUUUCAUAAUGGAACUUUAAUUGAAUCGUUUGUUUCAAAAAACAUUGUUGAAGAAGAAGAUGACGAGAUUGAUGAUUCUUUUUUGGGCGUUUCAAUUGUAUCAACAAUCAAUAUAGAAAAAAUUCCAUUUGAUACAAAUGGCUCUUAUCAAUGUAUUGCGGUUCAUCAAAAUAUUUAUGCUCAACAAACGUUUUAUGUUUAUGUUAAUUCUAGUCUCGAGGAGAAUUUUUCUGGAGAGAAUUCUUCUUCUGUAGAGAAUUCUUCUACAGUUGCAUUUAUUACUGUUCAUACAUCUCAAGCUUUAUUUGAACCACGUAAAUAUAUAUCAUUGAUGUGUCGUUUUGCUUUCGAUCGAAAAGACGCAUGUAAAACAAAAUGGCUUGAUCCGUAUGAUGAGCCACUAAAUACAUUUAAUGAAACAUCAGAUUUAAUUCUUCGAAAUGCUACUUUUGAAGAUUCCAUGGGUUUAUAUACUUGCCAAAUUUGUUGUGAUCAACAAUGUAGAAAUUUAACAUCGUUCGUUUAUCCAGCUGGACAAGAUAAGUAA